AUGGCUGCUUUGAGAACCACGCAUUAUUCUGCUGUGUUGCACAUUCUUCGUUAUGUGAAGGGCACUCUAUUGCAUGGUUUACACAUCUCGGCACGUUCUUUCUUGACACGUAGCGACUAUUCUGAUGCAGAUUGGACUGGAGAUCCUAUUGAUCGUCGUUCCAUUAUUGGGUACUGCUUCAUUUUGGGUGAUUCACUCGUCUCUUUGCGUAGUAAGAAGCAAACCUUAGUUUCCAUAUCGAGUGUUGAGUCUGAGUACCGUGCUCUUGCUGAUUCCACCUCCGAGCUAUUAUGGUUGCGUCGGCUACUUGUUGAUCUCAGUACACCUCAGUUGUAG